AUGUCUACAAAAAACCUCCCUUCACGCGGUGGUGCCCAGGGCAAGCCUGCUACCGUCCCCAACCAAACGCUCUAUUGCACGAAUCUUCCGGAUAAGCUCCGCAAAUAUGACCUCCGGCUGUCACUCUACACGCUCUUUUCCACCUACGGGACCGUCCUAGACGUCGUGGCCAUGAAGACCGAAAAAAUGCGCGGUCAAGCCCACAUUGUGUUCAAGGAUGUGCAGGCGAGUACGCAGGCUAUGCGUGCGCUUCAGGGAUUCGAGUUUUUUGGUAAACAGAUGAAAAUCGUUUACGCUAAGGGUACCUCGGACGUGAUUGCUCGACUCCGUGGGACCUACAACGUAGCUCCCACUGUGCCGACCGCCGCUCCCUCAACGGACCUUCAGAAAUCGAUUUUCAGCGGUCCCCCUGGUUCAAUGGCUUUGCCCCCCAAACCUGAGACCAACGGGGAGUCCCAGGCCACCCACGGCGUCAAACGCCCUCGUGAAGAGGAGAGCGACGAAGGCGAGGCGCCAAUGGAUGAGGAUAGUGACGUGCCGAUGGAAGCUUCGUCCGAUGAGGAUUAA